GAGCCGUUGUUUGCUAGGUAGUACAAAAUGCCUUCACAAAAGAUUGAAACUGGUCACCAAGACACAGUUCAUGAUGUGGCAAUGGAUUAUUAUGGCAAGCGUCUUGCCACAGCAUCUUCAGACAACACCAUUAAGAUUAUUGGGGUAAGCAAUUCGGCUUCUCAGCAUCUUGCAACUUUGAGUGGUCACCUGGGACCCGUGUGGCAAGUAGCAUGGGCACACCCGAAGUUUGGGUCCCUCCUUGCUUCCUGUUCUUAUGAUGGGAGGGUCAUAAUUUGGAAGGAAGGUCAACAGAAUGAGUGGAGCCAAGCCCAUCUUUUUGAUGAUCACAAAGUUUCUGUCAAUUCCAUUGCUUGGGCACCUCAUGAACUGGGUCUUUGUUUGGCAUGUGGAUCCUCAGAUGGGAAUAUCUCGGUUUACACUGCAAGAACAGAUGGUGGUUGGGACACAUCGCGCAUUGACCAGGCUCACCCAGUUGGUGUCACAUCUGUUUCAUGGUCCCCGUCGAUAGCUCCUGGUGCUCUUUUCGCUUCUGGCCUGGUUGACCCUGUUCAGAAGCUUGCAUCUGGUGGUUGUGAUAACACAGNGCGCAUUGACCAGGCUCACCCAGUUGGUGUCACAUCUGUUUCAUGGUCCCCGUCGAUAGCUCCUGGUGCUCUUUUCACUUCUGGCCUGGUUGACCCUGUUCAGAAGCUUGCAUCUGGUGGUUGUGAUAACACAGUGAAAGUGUGGAAGCUUUAUAAUGGAGUUUGGAAGAUGGAUUGCUUCCCUGCUCUUCAAAUGCAUACUGAUUGGGUAAGGGAUGUUGCUUGGGCACCCAACUUAGGACUUCCUAAAUCUACUAUAGCAAGUGCUUCUCAAGACGGAAGAGUUAUUAUAUGGAGUGUGGCCAAGGAAGGAGAUCAAUGGGAUGGAAAGGUUUUGAAGGAUUUUCAGGCCCCUGUUUGGAGGGUCUCAUGGUCAUUGACUGGAAACAUACUGGCUGUUGCUGAUGGGGAAAACAAUGUUACAUUGUGGAAAGAAGAAGUAGAUGGAGAAUGGCAACAGGUCGAGCUUUUUUAG